AUGGGUGCCCAGGAUCCCUUGAAUCAUGUUCGACGGCUGCAUCGGCGAACCCGUCCGGUACAAGUCAAGGACAACCGUGAUGCGCCAACGAUUGUGCCGUCGACGACCAAGGAGAAGCUGAUUCUCACGCCGCUGGACUCCUACCGCCGGGAUGUCUUUGCAUCAUAUCCGUCAGGAGGUGGAGAUAUGUCCAAGGAAAGUAUUGACGAGUAUAUUGGCAUCUAUCGCAAGGAAGAGCUAUGUCUCAAGAUCACUCCGGACGUCGACCAUCCUGCGGUAUCGGUCGUCUUCCCAAUGUCGAUGCAAGACCCUGAUCUUUUCAAAUGCCUCCUCAUGGGAGCCCAGAGUCUCUAUGACUGGCGCCGCGACCCUUUCCAUGUCAACCGGUCCCAUGACAUGCUCAAGUUGCAGAACGAGGCUAUCCUGGCGGUGCGCAAGCGGUUGAGCGCCCCCGAAGCCCACCUUGACGAUGGUAUUCUGGUCGCCAUCACCCAUCUCAUGGUUGCCGAUUCAUGUCGCCGCGAUCUGCUGUCGCUCAAAGCCCAUCUGAGAGGCGUUAGACAGAUAAUUAGCUUACGGGGUGGCCUGGGCAACUCGCCUGCUCAUCUGGCGGUGACAGCUAUCGUCAACAUGAUCGAAUUCUAUAUUGCGCUUGGUCAAUAUCUCGAGAUCAGUCCAGACGACCCGGCCUCAAUCUCCACGAGGCAAAUCGAAUUCAUCCACCAUCCUUUUCCGCCUGACAUCUGCCGCGACAUCGCUAAGCUUCCCGUUGGUCUGGCUGAGGCGGCACUGACUGGUCAUCUGAGCGUGCAGUGCAUCAAGCUGCUCGCUGAAGCUGCAUCGUGGGCGCCCUUGGUAAAUGGUGCCACCACUUCACCCGAGCAAGCGACGAAUGCGCGGGAUCGAUACUGCCGCCUCUUCGCCGAGCCCAGAGAGUGCUCGCGUAACGCAGUCAUGCUCCUCCUUGACCUCAGGCGGUCAGGGCUCCCACCAGGAUUGGAGCAUGUCAUUUGUCUAGGUCUCGCUAUUGCCGUGCGCCAUGUCAGUGGAGAGAACCGCACAAACAUAUUCGACACGGCAUCGCUCGCAGCGUUGGCGAAGGUUAUUAAGACCAUCGACAACCCAUCGGUAGCAGACUCCGAAGUCAUUAUCUGGAUGUCCUUGCUCGUCACCUGGCGGACUCAAUCUGCUAAGCCCAUUCCCCGGGCAAACGAACUCCUCGACUACGUCCUGGAAUCUUUCCCUGCUUCGCGGACAUGGAAAAGGGUCUCGAUGAUCUGUCGGAAAUUCUGGUGGUUCGAGCGCUUUCAGUCCGACUGGGAGAGAUGCUGGCGUCGUGCGAUCACCAGGCAGCAGCAACGGUCGGUGUCCGAGAGCAGCUUGCGCGGUGUCCGGUGUCGAGAAGCAUUUUUGGCCUCUUCCUUGCCCAGCUCCGCGUCUGUCCGCACGCAUUCGAAUAUAGGCGAGGUCGAGUGA